CAUUAGCUAGAGGGAGAAAAAACGAAAAUGGCAUCAAGAAAUGGGCAGUAAAACGAAAACGAUGGGAAUUGCCAAGGACCAGUUUUAGAUGUUCUGAAGAGUGGUGUUGUGCCGACUGUUUGUUUUUAAAAGCCCACUGUUGAUGUCGCUCCUCUGGUGUGUCUCGGAACACAAGGAAUGUCUGGUGCACCUCCACAGACUGCUCAGGAGGAGGCGAUGAGGAUGGAUGACGUCGCCAGGCUGUGUCGUGAAUCCAGCAGCUAGGAUUGAUUGUCAACCAGAGUGUGUGCGUACACACAUAAUCGUGAUUGUUUUAAGGCGACGAUGCUCCUUUGAUGUUGGAUUUGGAGAUUCAACGACAGAACCGAGGAGCUCCCUUCUAUCCAACUCCUUCAGUCGGAUAAUUCCUUUCGGAUACUUUUGCCACAGCUUUUCCCAAAUUAAAGAAAAAGAAAAGUUUUCCGUAGCUACAGACAAAAAACAAACCCGUUCAGGUGAAGCUGCUGCCUUCAUUGUUUUCUUGUGCUCCUUUCCUCCUCCAAACCUCCCCCAUACCCCUAUUGGUCGUUGUUUUGGUGGUUCUGUGAAUUUUAUGGCAGUGGAGUAAUCGUGGAGAGGCCGGGGUAUCACAAGCUUAUGGAUUUUGAUAAGAGAGGAGGAGGAAAGGGAGAGGUGGAGGAAGGGAAAAGGAUGUCUAAGACUGGCGGAAGCAGGACAACACAUGGGGGCCGCAGCUCUGGGACCAACUCUGGGGUGCUUAUGGUUGGCCCCAACUUCCGAGUGGGGAAGAAAAUUGGCUGUGGGAAUUUCGGGGAGCUGCGGCUCGGCAAAAACCUCUACACCAAUGAAUACGUGGCCAUCAAACUGGAGCCAAUCAAAUCCAGAGCACCCCAGCUCCAUCUUGAAUACAGGUUUUACAAACAGUUGGGAAAUUCAGAGGGCAUCCCUCAGGUGUACUACUUUGGGCCUUGUGGAAAGUAUAACGCUAUGGUGUUGGAGCUGCUGGGGCCCAGUCUGGAGGAUCUGUUUGACCUGUGCGACCGCACCUUCUCCCUCAAGACCGUCCUGAUGAUUGCCAUCCAGUUGAUCACACGGAUGGAGUAUGUACACACCAGGAGCCUGAUUUAUCGGGACGUCAAACCGGAGAACUUCCUGGUGGGCCGGCCGGGGAGCAAAAGGCAGCAUACGAUCCACAUUAUUGAUUUUGGCCUGGCCAAGGAGUACAUUGACCCUGAGACUAAAAAACACAUCCCUUACCGGGAGCACAAGAGCCUGACAGGAACAGCCCGAUACAUGAGCAUUAACACACACCUGGGCAAAGAGCAAAGCAGACGGGAUGACUUGGAGGCUCUGGGUCAUAUGUUUAUGUAUUUUCUGAGAGGCAGUCUGCCCUGGCAGGGCCUGAAGGCGGACACUCUGAAGGAGCGUUAUCAGAAAAUAGGAGACACCAAAAGGGCAACUCCCAUUGAAGUUCUAUGUGAGAGCUUCCCAGAAGAGAUGGCCACUUACCUUCGCUAUGUAAGGAGACUGGAUUUCUUUGAGAAGCCAGAUUAUGACUACUUAAGGAAGCUCUUCACUGACCUCUUCGACAGAAAUGGUUAUGUCUUCGACUAUGAAUAUGAUUGGGUUGGAAAGCCGCUGCCGACUCCAAUUGGCCCAAUAUCCAGUGACACACCACUCCAGCCCAGCAACAGAGACAAAGCACAACAGCAGACCAAAAAUCAGUCACCAGAACCCAAAGGAAGCGAGUCCCAGCCCACUCCUGUGACCAAUCGGGAGCUCCUGGGGUCUCACCUCACGGCCGAUAGGCUGGGGGGCUCUGUCCAGGUAAUGAGCUCUACCAAUGGAGAAGUCAACACAGAUGACCCCACUGCAGGUCACUCCAAUGCCCCCAUCACCACCCCUGCUGAGGUUGAGGUCGCUGAUGACACACGGUGCUGUUGCUUUUUUAAGAGGAGGAAGAGGAAAGCCCUUCAGCGACACAAGUGAGACGAAAAAGAACAGAGGGAAAUCUGAAACAUUCAGUCACUGAUGCGUUAAGUAAAGACGGAGCUGCAACACAGAGCGUUUUCUUUCUCCCUCCUUCCAUCUCUCUCUCUCUGUCUCUCUCUCUCUCUCUCUUCUCACUGUCUCCCUUCACCUCCCGUCCGGGCAGCCAGCUCCACUGUGGAACAAACACUCACUGCCCCGCCUGCGAACAUCAGGUCAGAGGGGUGACAUGGCUAACGUUCGGCUUCACCCUCUUUUUAAAGGAAAAGAAAACGACUCAAAAGGAACAAAUACACCUGUUUGUAAAACGUGGUGGGGACACAAGGAGUUAAUGAUGGGACAGUUUAAACCCAGAGACAAGAGUAUAUGAUGUGACCCCCAAACCCAGAAGGACUGUUUAAACUUGUAUUUUAGAUCACGUGAAAAAUAAAAAAACAAAAACAUUUAUCAGAGGACAGAACACGCAUACACAAAGAGACACACACACACACACACACCUUUAGCCUGAAUGAUUGAGAGAUGUGUUCCAUGGAAACUUGUUUUAUUUUAUGGGAUCAAGGUAAAAAGUGAAAGACGUUGUGAAUGAAUUGAAUCUGAGAUUGGAACAGGAUAAAUGUGAUGGACAUCAGAAUCAAGUAACGUAUGUAAAAUCUGUGUCUUUCCCUUUUUUUGUAAUUUAAAAUGAAGUUGUUUUCAAGCUCUGCUCUCCCUGAGUUGAACAGUUUUACUCAUGUUGUAGUGUGUGUGACACUUUUUUUUUUUUUAAAGCAGCUUUUUUUUUGUGUAUGUUUUUCUCUCUUUUUUCCUGUUGAUGUGGAUGUGGUAAGACAGUGGCUGGUCUCAGGUACUGUGGAAGACAGAGAGAAAAACACUAAAUCUCUCUUCUAUAAAUUGCACUUUUGGGGGAUAAAAAAACAACGUAUUUCAGAACGGUUGAAAUGAGCAGGAACAGAAAGAAAUAAAGGCAGAUCUGAGAUCACUCA